UUAGAUAUAUAGAUCAAUCAUUGCAUAUACAUACACACCGUCGAUACAUGCCUACAUAUAUAAUCUUCACGACACACACACAAUACGGUUGCGCCAAAAGCGGUUAAAUCGAAAUGAACGUCGGAAAUAUCGCCUCCAGCCCGGCCGACCAAUCGCCGGAAAAAGGCAAACCCAUCGGAGUAUCCUCCACUCCGGCGAACAAAUCGCCGGGAAGUGACGCGAUCAAACUACCGCCUUCGCUUGCCGCGAAGAAUGACGUUCCGAUAAAAUCGCCGUUGCCGCGGUUGCAGACGCAGUCGGAGGCGACGGCGUCGGCGGGAGAAGAUGCUCCGGCGCUUCCGCCGCAUAUAAGGAAUGCUAUGUUCCCGACUGCUGAUCCUGGAUCCGUUGUUAGCGGGGGAGGCAUAAGUUUUCUCACUGGAAACCGAAACGCAAAGUUCAGCUAUGGUUAUUCUAGUUUCAAGGGUAAAAGAUCUUCAAUGGAGGAUUUCUAUGAAGCAAGUAUAUCUGAAGUUGAUGGUCAGAUGGUUGCCUGCUUUGGCGUCUUUGAUGGUCAUGGUGGCUCCAGAACUGCAGAAUACCUGAAGAACAAUCUUUUCAAAAAUCUAAGUAGCCAUCCAGAUUUUAUUAAAGACACCAAGUCAGCUAUUGUUGAUUCAUUUCGCCGGACAGAUGCGGAUUACCUCAAUGAAGAAAAAACCCAACAAAAAGAUGCAGGAUCAACUGCGGCAGCUGCUGUAUUGGUGGGGGAUCGGUUGCUUGUAGCUAAUGUGGGAGAUUCUAGAGUUGUUGCAUCUAGAGCCGGCUCAGCUAUACCUCUAUCCGUUGAUCACAAGCCCGAUAGAUCUGAUGAACGUGAGAGGAUUGAACAGGCUGGGGGUUUCAUCAUUUGGGCAGGAACUUGGAGGGUUGGCGGUGUUCUUGCUGUUUCCCGUGCAUUUGGAGAUAAACUACUAAAGCCAUAUGUGGUGGCUGAUCCAGAAAUUCAGGAAGAAGAAAUUGAGGGUUUUGAUUUUUUAAUCAUUGCAAGUGAUGGACUUUGGAAUGUCUUUUCGAAUAAGGAUGCUGUGGCUAUGGUGCAGGAUAUUUCUGAUGCAGAAGCAGCAUCUAGAAAACUCAUAGAAGAAGCUUAUGCAAAAGGGAGCUCGGACAAUAUAACGUGUAUGGUUGUCCGAUUUGAUGGCCAGUGAGAGAUGCAUAAAGGUCUUGUAUUGCCCACCUUGUAUCUUCUUGCAUUUGAGAUAAAUUACUCUUCAAACUACAAAUACCAAGGAUCUUGCAGGCUUGAAGAACUGGAGUCUUAAAAUGGAAUCUUGUGAUUAUUGUAAUGAAGAAGCUUCAGUACAUUCCGUGUUUUUUAGGCUAACUAGUAAUCAACUUCUUGGUGUUUGUAUUAUCACAUGUCACAUUUUUUAUUGUUUCUUAAUAGAUGUAUCCACACAAAUGCUAAAUUAUGUUUCUGUAGUCUAUAUGUAUCGGACUUCUCAAAAAGGUACAAGUAUGAGUUGAGGAUGAGAGCAAGUUUGGAACUUGUGGGCCAGUGUCACUGCUGGCAUGUUGUGUUUGUUGUUUCUAAACACAUCUGACUUGUAAUAAUGUGUGCAUAUUUAUAAAGGCUACUUGAUUUGAACAA